AUGGAAGUUCCGCUAAGUCUGAGUCAACCAGCAACUUCUGCACCAUCAAAUUCUGGUCUGAAAUCGAUGGCAGAUUACAAAGUGAGUUUUUUUUUGCGAAAUACGAAUUUUUAAUGGAUUUUCCAAACAUGAUCAAAGUAUCACAUUAAGUCUCCCCGAUCAAAAAGUAAUUUUCUAGGUUCUCAAAGAAAUUGGCGAGGGCUCAUUCUCGAUAGUUUAUCACGCCGUCGAAAAAGAAGGUGCACAACGAGAUGUUGCUAUCAAAAUGUGCCUGAAGAAACAAAUAAUUCGAGAUAAACGGGUAAAAUAUGUACAUAGAGAGAAAUCGGCGCUUGCUUUGUUAUCGACGGGAGAUAAUUGGCAUCCAUCGAUUGUUACGUUGUAUGCAACUUUUCAAGAUGCUGAAAAUCUAUUUUUUGUUCUUUCAUAUGCAAAGUGUGAGUAAUUCGAACUACAUAUUUUCAUCAAUUAAUUCCUUUUCAAUUUCAGAUCACGAUCUUCUUCAUAUAAUUCUCCAACAACCUGACAAACAUCUAAACUUCAAUGAUUCCGUUUAUUAUUCUGCAAUGCUAUUAGAUGCUCUCAAUCAUUGUCAUAAAUUAGGAGUUGUUCAUAGAGAUGUGAAACCAGAGAAUCUUCUAGUCAAAAAUGAUGGAAGAAUUAUGCUGACAGAUUUUGGAAGUUCUAUGUUUAUUGAAGAACACGAAAAAGAAUAUACUCAAAAUGGUCGACGUGCUUCUUUUGUCGGAACCGCUCAAUUUGUUUGCCCAGAAAUGUUGACUGGUGGAAAGUUAGGAACUGCGAGUGAUAUUUGGAGUUUCGCUGUUGUUAUUUUCCAAUUUUUAACAGGUUCUUUUUUUAUUUUCUCGAAAUUUAAUGUAAAAACAAAUUGUUAAUUAAUCAAUAAAGAUUUCAGGUGAUCAUGCAUUCCACGACGAAUCUGAAUAUUUAAUUUUCCGUCGAGUUCAAGAUAUCCUCUUCAAAUAUCCAGAAGGUUUCAAUGAUCUCGCAAAAGAUCUCAUCGACAAAAUUCUAUUCAUCGAUCCUGAAAAGCGGCUAAAAUAUUCUGAAAUUAUUGUGCACCCGUUUUUCGAGAAUAUCGAUUUUUCUAGUCUACAAUCAAUUGAACCACCAAAGAUUUAUCUAUAA